GAAAGGCAGCCAUUUUGCAGAGUCCCCGUGCUGGAAGGUGUAGCUGAAGAACAUUGCUCAAGAGGGAGAAUUUCAUGAGGCAAAUUUUGUUAGUUAUUUAGUGAGCUUCGGUGCUAACGGUCACCUUCGUUCACCACACGUAGUAGUACCGCUCGGCAGUUUCCGUUUACUUUCUUUAAAAAAUAAGGUACAAGGUGAUUGUCAAUCUCACUGGAUGGAUAGCAUCGACCCCGAUGUCCUGUAUCUGUCCUCGGAGCAGCACGGGCAGCCACAAUGUGAGCUUCCCCAUACUGCCCUGGAGGUACCAGUUCUCGGGGGAGCAAAGAAAAUGAAUGGGACUCUGGACCACCCAGACCAGCCUGACAUGGAUGCCAUCAAGAUGUUUGUGGGCCAGAUCCCUCGAUCGUGGACAGAGGAGCAGCUCCGUGAGCUCUUUGAACCCUAUGGUGCAGUCUACGAGAUCAAUGUGCUGAGGGACAGGAGUCAGAACCCCCCACAGAGCAAAGGUUGUUGUUUUGUAACGUAUUAUACUCGUAAAUCAGCAUUAGAAGCACAAAAUGCCCUCCAUAAUAUGAAAAUACUGCCAGGGAUGCAUCACCCAAUCCAGAUGAAGCCUGCAGACAGUGAGAAGAAUAAUGCAGUCGAAGACAGGAAGUUAUUUAUAGGAAUGAUCUCAAAGAAGUGCAAUGAGAAUGACAUCAGGCUUAUGUUCUCACCAUACGGACAGAUUGAGGAAUGCAGGAUAUUGCGUGGACCAGAUGGACUGAGCCGUGGCUGUGCAUUUGUCACCUUCACAGCAAGGCAGAUGGCUCAAACGGCCAUAAAGGCCAUGCAUCAGUCACAGACAAUGGAGGGCUGCUCAUCCCCCAUUGUGGUGAAGUUUGCUGACACCCAGAAGGACAAGGAGCAGAAACGCAUCGCCCAGCAGCUCCAGCAGCAGAUGCAGCAGCUCAAUGCCGCAUCCAUGUGGGGGAAUCUAACAGGGUUGAAUUCCCUUGGGCCACAGUACCUUGCACUUUAUUUGCAGCUCCUCCAACAGUCGGCAUCCUCUGGGAACACGCUGAACAAUUUGCAUCCCAUGUCAGGCUUGAAUGCUAUGCAGAACUUGGCGGCUCUUGCAGCAGCAGCUAGUGCAGCCCAGUCCACCCCAACUGGCUCCAAUGCUCUCACCACCUCAAGCAGCCCCCUCAGUGUCUUGACUAGCUCAGCAGGGUCAUCUCCCACAUCUAGCACCAACUCCUCAGUCAACCCCAUGGCCUCUCUGGGAGCCCUUCAGUCCCUUGCAGCUGGUGCUGGGGCAGGGCUUAACAUGGGUUCGCUAGCUGGUAUGGCAGCUUUGAAUGGAGGACUCGGGAGUGGUGGCCUGUCCAACGGCACGGGCAGCACGAUGGAAGCACUGACACAGGCAUACUCGGGUAUACAGCAGUAUGCAGCUGCUGCCCUUCCCAGCUUGUACAACCAGAGUCUGCUGUCCCAGCAGAAUGUGGGUGCUGCCGGCAGUCAGAAAGAAGGUCCUGAAGGUGCCAACUUGUUCAUCUACCACCUACCCCAGGAGUUUGGAGAUCAAGAUCUGCUCCAAAUGUUCAUGCCAUUUGGAAACGUUAUCUCUGCCAAGGUGUUCAUCGACAAGCAGACCAACCUUAGCAAGUGUUUUGGUUUUGUAAGUUAUGACAAUCCGGUCUCAUCUCAGGCAGCCAUUCAGUCGAUGAACGGUUUCCAGAUUGGCAUGAAGCGACUAAAGGUUCAGCUUAAGCGAUCCAAAAACGACAGCAAGCCAUACUGAGUGCUUUUUCUCUCAAAUGGACUUGGUUAGGAAAUGUUUUCUGAUAUCUUCGUUCCCGUUUGUUCAUCGUUUGCCUAGCAUGUCGAUGUGACGUCAAAAGUUCAUCGUCCAGUCGUUGUCCUCUGCGCUUCUCUGAUGCUUGAAAUUUCAUCUUUGACACUUAACUUUUGACGCUUAUUAAUUAUAUAAGGUUUUUGUUUGUUUUUGUGUGCUCUUCAUUACUGUUGAUAGUGCUGCCAAUUCAGUGAGUUAGAAAGACUGCUCUUUUUCAAGAAAAAUGUAUAAAGUUACAUUUAAAUAUUGUUACAAGCAAAAAGAAAAUCUAUUUUUCUAGAACUUCCUAACGUAACCACUAGAUAUUGCAAAAGUGUAAUUUUUGUAAUAGUUCAGCUUGUUUAGAAGUUUUUUUUUUUUCUUUUUCCCCUUUUGUGUUUAGAGCAGUCUUCCUAUUCCUUUUUUGUCAGAAACAAAUCAAUUUAUAGAAUUUACUUUGUGUGUGUGAGUGUGGAUGUGUUUUCCUUGUUAACGUUUUAGGAUGUCAUGUCACAUGCUUAAACUGAGGAUGACUUGUAAUUUUGUGCUAGCUUUAGUUGACAUGAUGUAUCUUUGGGAGUUCAUAUGAAUAGUGUCAUUUCAAAACAUGGAUUUGCCUUUUUCUCUUCAGUGUGUCCAGCCACCACAAGCACAUAAUUUGCUUUUCUUUGGAAAUCAGCAUUUGUCUGAAGUAAAUAUAAAAGAACUAAAAUGGGCAACUGAGUUACUUGUCACAAUUUAGUUUAGCAUAUAUCUUGCAUGCGUACUUUUCGUAACUGCACUGAAAUCUUCAGCAAAAUGUGAUUUAUUUUUGUUUAGAAAUUAUGAAAAAAGAAUAAACUAGUGCCAAAAGAUAGCAUGUUACUGUUGGUCACUUUUUUGCCUUUCCCAGUAGUUAAUCCUUGCAAUUAACAUUAGUAGUGGUUUUGUUUAAGAUUUACUUAGUGUUGCUGUGACUAAUCAAAACAGGUGCCAUUUAAAUUCUUAUCAGGUGAGUUUAGAUUAUUUGAGACCCUGGUAUGAGGAUUGUGUGCUGUCUAAUUGAAACAUUUUUUCAUCUAUCAGAGUUCAGAAAGAUUGCUGUAGGAGAAGAGGGUUGUUUGUCAUCAGACAUUGAAACAUUAGUGUUUCUGUCAUAUUAGUUUUGGUAAUUUUUCUUAACUUUUGAAUGUGCCCAAAUCUUCAGGCUGCAUAUAUUCAUGUUGGGAUUCCAAAUAAAACAUCCAUCCUAUCAUACUAUAACUUACACGUCUCAUUACUGACCCUAGUAAAGAUUAUUGCUUUGAGGAAAUUUUUAAGUAUUUCAUUUAAAAAGCAUUUUGAAGUGUUGUGUAAUGUUCUAUACUGCUUGUUAGGCAAAUAUUGCAUCUGAUGUAGAUUAGUUUGUGCAACAAAUUUCACCUCAAUGUUUUUGAAUGGGAGACAGUUUUGUCUUGCGUUAAUACAUGCAUUUUGUUUUUCAAAAGGCACAACUCAUCUCAAUAUGUUCCAUGUUAACAAGUGCUUAAUUUGUUUUGAUGGCACACGGUAUGUUCUUGUCAAUGAAUUGGGGGGUAUGUUCAAUUACACUUUUAAAAUUUUUAUUUCACCUUGAAAUUACAAUAUUUGGAGCUGUGCUUCACAUGGAGCAAAAUACUGCAUUAAGGUCUGCAGUGGUUUCAGGGUGUUUUCAUUGUACACUAUGUUUAAAACCAGGGAUUUGUAUAGCACAUGCCUUACAAAGCUCUUUGAGUGGGAUUUUCCUUUGUGAUGUUACUUAUUUCCCUCUUUGUUAUAAAUUAGUAUGGUGUGACAGUCAAAACAAAAAGCUGUUUUUAAUCUUAAAUUGGUUCUGUAAAUUCUGAAGUUAAUGACAUUGGGGGUAAUCAAAUUUAAAACGAUUUUCCUCUAUUCGGGAAUCACAGGCUUCUUAGAUAAGUAUACUUUGCUGCUUUAGUUUGAUGCCAAAAAUAUUAAGAAUCUCUGCUUUUGUGGACAUAGCCCCACAUCCCCAUGCCUUGUUAAUGUAGCCAGAAUGUUAAAGAAGCAAACAAAGUGUAAUCUUUUGGUAGAUGAGUUGGUUUUAGUUGAGACUAGAAUUUUUAGUUUCCGGCUGCUCUUUUUUUUCCUUUUUUUUGUUUUGUUUUGUUUUGAACGAAACCUGUGGAGUUUUAAGUAUAAUGAUUGAUUGUAUUUCAAAAUAGGUUUUGUACA